ACAGGAGGUAGCAGUUUUUGUGAGCCAACCGACAUUAGCAAAUAUAAAGGUUGAAUUUUUAUCUUGAGAAGAAAUCUGUUCGCGUGACAUGUUUUGGUAAUCAAUACAUUUUACAAAGCUCACAAUAACGUCGGCAUUAGAACAAACAUGGAUGAUUAGGGAAAACCGUGUGUGUGCAAAGGAAGGAACGACAAUAGUUGAAGGUAUCAUGGGGGUAGCCAUUGUAUUGCAAAUCGCCAUUGAUCAAAUCGACAUUGCAACGAACAUUGACUAUUAUAUUCUGCAUUUUCCAUUUGGUCUUUUUGUAUUUGCAUUGGGUUCCUAUUUGACACUAGCAGUGUCUUUUAUUCAUGCGAGAGAGAUUUUAUUUAGAAUAAGGUCAUCGUUUUAUAAGGACACGAUCCACCAGCCGCAGGGGCAACAUGCUUCACACAUCGACAUACCUCGCAGUUUAAGAUAUUUCCUUACCGCUUCGAAACAUAUUUUGCCCAUCGCCUUGGUGUUGCUCGUGUUAGGAAUUGCAACACCCGGAUGGACAUCAUAUAAGACGGGAGAAAAAAGAGUGUUUCAGGGUGGAAUCUGGUACAAGGUGGUUAAUGGCGUGUGCUGUAAACUUAACUUGGAAGAAGAUGUUAUUCAUGCUAAAGUAUUUUCACUGAUCGCUACUGUGUUGACAUUGCUGUCAGUGAUUGUCGCCAAGGUAACCACUGCUAGGAAACAGAAACACACCCAUACAACGUAUAUUCUCGUGUCAUUCUGUUUGACGCUCGCAUCAGCAUCAUUUUCGGCAUGGAUUGCAGGAUUUGCGAUAAAUUUACAAGUUAUGAAAAAUGACGAACAUGUGUUUCCGUACUCACUGUUCCUGUUCAGUUUUGGAACAGUUCUUAACGGAUUAAUGGCUAUCUACCAGGCCGUGAUUUUGUUCCGUAUUUGGAAUUCGGUUACAACGCUUAGGGACGACGACAUUGCACCAUUUCUGGACAAUAAUACAUUCGAGUUACCAGACAUACACGAAAACAUACCCGAAACGGAUGAACCGCCGCCAUAUAUAAUACAUAUUAUGAAUUAUUUUCCCAGUCCGGAUACAGAACUUGUGCAAGGUUGUAGAUCAUGAAGUCCUCUUUAAGACAAUGCUCGAUCUACCUCCGUAUAAAGUUGGGAAGUUUUCAGUUACUGACAUAAAUAUUUGAAAUGUGUACUGGUAAAGCGGCUAAUUUAGGAAAAGUGUGAACUGAUUGUUCGAUCGUUGUCAAAUGUCUGUAAAAUUGUUGAAUACGGCAACAGGCACAUAGACUACUUCAAAUACAACAACACUUUUUACAACAAUCGUCUGAUCUUAAGAUGUUUCAUUUCCACUCAUUUGCGUGAGGAAACUCGGUUAAUGUAUACGUGUUACCACAUUUAUAACUUUAAUUGCUAACCCCGCCUUUCACAUAUUUUAUUCGCAUACUGAAUUUAAUAUUUGUCAGAUGUAACCGUAAAUGAAGAACGCUCUACGUCACUACGAUGUAAUUCCUUUUCGCGCGUUUUUAUUAUUUUAAUAUAUAUCUUGUAAUUUAUCGUUCAAAAUGAUUGUAUACAUGUGAGUGCAUAAAUGGUUCUAAAUGAAUAUAGAAACGUCAAAGUCGUACAAACAGCAGAAUAAUCAAUGAAUGUUUACCGGUAUUGUAAAUGAACCACAGUGUUCCAAUUGUAUUUGUAAGGUUACAAAAGCAUAGGACAUAAAUAGAUAUGUAUUUGGUCUUUAAUAAUAUGCUGUAAUGUGGAUUUUUUUAUACUUACAAGUGAAAUAUGAACCGCAAAUGAAAUUAGUGACAACGAUAUGAAUUGUUAAAUGUGCGACUCUAAACACUAGAGAGAAAAUGCAUGCAUGUGCUUCAAAUCUAAUACAAAUAAAGCAGAUACCAUUAGAGCAAAAUUUCUUUUAAGUUUGCUUGAUAUUAUACAUCAUCACGUGGGUAAAACAUGUAUGAGCUUGCAAAAGAAAAACUGAUACAAGAUUUACUAAAGAUGUUUUAUAAUUAUGCCUUCAUUAUUUGAUUGGAAGACGGCAUUAUAAGUGAUAUAUCCGGAUUUUGUUUUGUUUGGGUUGGUUCAAACUAUGCCUGACAAUAAAUUUAAUUUCGGAAUAAAAGCAAUAACAAAUAUAAACAAAAGAAAAACGUAAUCAAACAUAUAAAACAUGCUUUUAAUGAGUAGUCGUCUUUCUACCUAUAAAUAGGUUUGGAUCCUUUUUUAUCGUCAUUAGUUGCAAAAGAAAAUGAAUUCAUUCGUUAUUCGCUAUUUUGAAAAAAGAAGAUGAUCCAUCAAAGCUCACACGCUAAAACUAUCAAAGGAAGAAGGCUACAAACUUUGACACUGAUAAUAAUCUUAAUUAGGACUGUUAUGUACAUACUGUGAAUGCACAUACACAUGUUGUUUUUUAUUUAUGUCAAAUCCGCACUUCGUACGUAUAUUAA